ACUCAUGCAAAAGAUGAGCUGGUGGAAGUUGAGAGCUAGAAAUUUACUAUUACAUCGACUCCAUUAUAUACAUUAGAGUAUCUGAGCUAAUCUCAUCUAAAACAAAAGAAAAAAUCUUAUUUGUUUCUCUCAUGGACCAUCUCAUUUUGUACUUGUUUCCUCUCUUGUCUUUGGUCUUGAUAGUACUCAAGAUGAUUGAUAAAAAGAGAAACCAGUGCUGCUACAUACUGGAUUACCAGUGUUACAAGCCGACCGAUGAUCGAAAGCUCAGCACGGAGUUUUCGGGAGAUAUAAUCAAGAGGAACAAGAACCUGGGGCUGAGUGAGUACAGGUUUCUGUUGAAAGCCAUUGUGGGAUCCGGCAUUGGUGAAGAAACUUACGCGCCGAGGAUGGUUUUUGAUGGCCGAGAAGCGAAUCCAACUUACGAAGAUGGGAUCACCGAGAUGGAUGAGUUUUUUCAAGAUAGCAUUCAGAAGCUAUUCGCGAAAACUGGAGUUUCGGCUAAAGAUAUUGAUGUGCUUGUUGUGAAUGUGGCUACGAUGACUACGAGCCCGUGUUUGGCUUCGAGGAUCAUUAAUCACUACAAGAUGAGGGAGGAUAUCAAGACUUAUAAUAUCUCGGGGAUGGGGUGUAGUGCGAGCAUUAUUUCGAUUAAUAUUGUUGAGAGUAUUUUUAAGUGUCGAAAGAAUGUGAAUGCGCUUGUGGUGACAUCCGAAUCUUUGAGUCCUAACUGGUAUUCGGGGAAUAAUAAGUCCAUGAUUCUGACGAAUUGUUUGUUUAGGUCAGGAGGGUGCGCGAUUUUGUUGACGAACAAGGCGAGUUUGAGGCACAGAGCGAUGUUCAAGCUCAAGUGUUUGGUUCGAACGCACCAUGGCGCGAGAGACGAUUCGUAUGCAAGUUGUACGCAGAUGGAGGAUGAAGAAGGCCGAAUUGGAAUUUACCUUGGGAAGAAUCUCCCCAAGGCCGCAACUCGGGCAUUCGUCGAUAAUCUCAAAGUGAUAACACCGAAAAUAUUGCCAAUAAGAGAAAUUCUUAGGUACGCGGUCCUUGUGAUUUUACGGAAAUUGAAUACGAAUUCGAAGAAAGGACCAAGGCCGAUGAUCAACUUCAAGACUGGAGUGGAUCAUUUCUGCCUACACACUGGAGGAAAGGCGGUGAUCGACGCUGUCGGCAACAGCCUUGGCCUAAAUGAGCAUGACCUGGAGCCUGCCCGAAUGACGCUCCACAGAUUCGGCAACACAUCAGCUAGUAGCAUAUGGUAUGUCUUGGGAUACAUGGAAGCCAAGAAGAGAUUUAAAAAAGGUGACCGAGUUUUCAUGAUAAGUUUCGGUGCAGGGUUCAAGUGUAACAGUUGUUUGUGGGAAGUGGCUAGAGAUUUGGAUGAUGGGAACUGCUGGAAAGAAUGUGACAUUGACAAGUACCCACCAACAAGCUUCGUUAAUCCAUUUAUGGAGCAGUAUGGUUGGGUGAAUGAUGAAGAUAUCGACACAUUUGUUCUUCCUGAAUGAAGGGUAGUUCAGAAUUCAAGUAUGGAGCAAUAACAGUUUCGAUUCUUAAUAAGUUGUUUAUUCUCAUUUUAAUGCUUUAGUUCUUCUCUUACAGUAUUUGGUACCAAAGCAAAGCUAUUUCCUUGAACUUGUAUAUUUACUACCUUGUUUCUGUUUGAUACAAAUGUGUACUCAAAUGAAAAUCCAAAUUGGAAUAUAUACAAGAAUGUUAUAACAUCUCAUCAACCACCUUUUAUUGUUGAUGAUGAUUCAUAUAAUCCAAUUACUUCAGUGAUUUGUAUCAGAAGGGCGUAAUGGAAGGGGUUUAAUCUGGCU